AUGCCGCCCGCACGACUCCUCGCGCGCGCGCGCCCCCGCCCGUCGUCCUCGUCCCCGUCGCCGUCCUCGCGGCGUCUCGCGUCCAGCCAGCCUCCUCCUCCUCCCGCGUCCUCGCGCGCGCAGCAGCGCCUGCACGCGGUGCUCGCGCGGCUCGCGCGCUGGACGCCGGCGCGGCUGCGGCCGCAGGUGGCGGCGCUGCGGGCGGCGCCGGGGGCCCACGCCGCUGCCUUCCUGGCGCUGCACGAGGCCACGGCGGUGCUGCCGCUGCUGGGGCUCGCCUACGCCUUCCACCGCACCGGCACCGUGCCCGCCGGCCGCUGGGUGCUGGGCGCCGCGGACGGCGGCGACGCCCAGGAUGGCGUGGCUCAGGAGGGCGUGCGCAGGUGGAUGCGGUACUUCCGGCGCCGGGGCUGGUUCGGGCUGGGGCCCGGCGAGGGGGAGGGGGAUCUGGAGCGGGAGUGCGAGGGGCGGCCGCGGGAGGCGCGUCCCGCCGAGGACGCCGACGCCGCGUACAAGAUCGGCCUGCAGAUCGCGGCCGCCUACGCUAUCACCAAGAUGCUGUUCGUGCCGCGGCUGGCGCUGAGCUUGUGGGCGACGCCCUGGCUCGCGAGGGGCAUAGUAGCUGCGAGGCAGGCGAUAUGGAGGAAGCGUGGGUAG